CCGAUUCUGACAGAUAUUUUUAUGGGUAGUCUAGAACAAACAAGGUUAAAAUCCGAAAUCAGUCAGACAAACUUCUAUACCAGUAUUAGAAGUCUUGAACAGCACCCACCCUAAUAUUAAGUUUACAAUGGAGUAUGAAAAAGAAGAGAAGUUCCAUUUCCUUGGACUUGGGUAUCCAACGAGAUAAAGACGGCAAAAUCAUAAGAUAUAUACACAGAAAAGAGACCUGGAGGGCGGUUCAUCUUAACUUCAAAAGCUUCGGCCCUAUAAGUUACAAAAAAGAAUUGGUGAGAACAUUAUUUGAUCGUGUAUGGAAGCUGUGUUCAAAAGAAAAGAUUGAGGAAGAGCUAUCCAUUGUGAAGAAAUGCCUAUGCGACAAUGGUUACCCACAAAAGUUCAUCGACAAGUAUGGGAGACGUCAUGUUGAAAAAGUGAAAAGCAGUGCAGUAGAGAAAAAGCCUAUCUUUCUACAGCUUGCAUUCAAAGGUGAUGAUACUGCUAGUAGAAUAAGAUGCAGACUGAACGCUGCCCUGAAAAGAACAUAUCCAGCCGCCAAGCUUGUAUGUGUUUAUCAAAUAACUAGUUGUUUGAGACAAUCAAAACUGGACCUCAUGUUACCUCCAACUGUGUCUACCAAUUUACAUGUACGUGCCAAAGCACAUACGACAUUGGAAGAACAGAGAGAAGGGUUAUUGUCCGCAUUUAUGAACACAUACCAAAGAACCUGAGGCCGAAAGGUCGGCAAGCAUUAAACAGUGCGAUUGUGCGUCAUCUACUGGACACUGGUCAUAUUGUAGACAACCUGAAGUCGUUCAAAAUAAUUAACAAGCAAAAGAAACCCAGCUUGCUACGCUUUGUUGAAGUAAUUGCUAUCAAACGACUCAAACCAAAUCUAUGUACGCAGAAAGAGACAGUGGUGAAUCUUGCACUGCCCUGGUGGUAAGAAACUAAAUAUACAACUUUUGUGAGUCACCCUUUUUCAUGUUUAGAAAACUCCACUCUCUCAUCUAAACAUGACUCACCCUACCUUGUUUCUUUUCUUUCCUUUUUUCUAUUGGCUAUUAGAUAAAACAUUUUCUUUAGUUACGUAAUCUACUUUUUUGUUAUACUCUUUCUAGCUAAAACUUGUUUCUAUACCCACACGUAUAUACGCAACUCUGUUUUUUGUUUCCAAGCCUAAUUGUCUAAUUAUUUAUUCUAUAAAUAGUCAGUGUUUGUAACUCUUAAUUGGUUUAAUCAUUCCGGACUAAUGUUACUUUUACUUCCUACCAAUUACUCCUUAUGAUCGUGGGAAAGUAUGUUCAUAUCUUU